AUGGACCCUCUUCAGCCUGGCGGAGACAUCGUGGUGGCCAACGUCCACCUACCUUUCGACAAUAAGGACCUGGCGACGGGGACAUGGACAGUCAAGUGCCACGAUGGCCGGGUCUCGCGAGUAUCGCCCUUUCACCUCGAUGAUACUCGAUCCGCAGAAUCGUCUAAAUCAGAGAAAUUAGAAGGCCGUUCUAUCAUCGAUGGCAAUGGAGGCCUCCUGCUCCCCUUGUUCUGUCAUUCACAUAUCCACCUCGACAAAUGCUUUAUUCUAGAUCGAUGUGGCGACCUGGUCAAAGGUGAUUUUAAGGAAGCCAUGCGGGUGACGAAAGUCGCUAAGGCGGGCUUUUCCAAGCAGCCAGAUGACCUCUACAGCCGAGGAGCACGAAUAAUUAGAGAAAGCGUCGAGCAUGGUGUAACGUCCAUGCGAGCGCACGUUGAAGUUGACAAUUCGGUUGGAUUUACGUGUCUAGAGGUAGCCCAAAGGCUGAAGAAGGAUUACCUUGGCCUUUGUGACGUUCAAAUUGCGAUAUUCGCCCAAGAGCCGCUCUUCGAUUCAGUAGAUGACGAACAGCCUGGAGAAAAUUUCAUUCUUCUCAAAGACGCCGCCACGCGCCACAGCGUAAGCGUUAUCGGGUCGGCCCCGUACGUCGAACCAAGCCACGAACAGGCAAAGGCGAACAUCAAACUCGUCUUCGACAUCGCGGAUGACCGACGCGUAGAUCGGAUUGACUUCCACCUCGACUACAACCUCCACGCGAACUCCGAGCCUCUCAUUUAUGAAGUCAUUUCCGAAGUGAAGAGGCGGUACGAAACUGGCAAGCCCGAUUCCGACGACAAUAACGGCAGCUCUGAAAAUUUCGGUCCAAACCCAAGUUUCGGCAAACGUUCUUGCCCGCGCAUCACAGUUGGGCAUGCGACUCGGCUUCAGCUCUUCUCUGCAGAACAGUGGCGCGAGCUAGCAGAGGCCAUUCAUGGAUUGCCUGUCACCUUCGUGGGCCUUCCACAGUCGGAUAUUUACAUGCAAGGAAAGGACUUUUUCAAUGGACCAUUAGGCGCGCCACGCGGAACGCUCCGUGUUCCCUAUCUUGCGAAGGAAUACGGUAUUGAGGUCGCCAUGUCCGUGAACAACGUCGAAAAUGCUUUUACCCCGCAGGGCUCGCUGGAUCCUCUCUCGUUGUGUACGUUUGGGGUGGCAAUCUUCCAGGCGGCGACCUUGGAAGAUAUUCGAAGCCUUGUGCGAUCCGUGACCCUGACCUCUAAGCGUGCGAUUGGGCCCCCAACGUCAACUUCCAUGGCCAGUCCACAGACGGAAGGGUCAUCAGAAAUUCCUGCAGACCUUGUCCCGCGUGUAGGGGACCCAGCCGACUUUGUCAUCCUCCGCGAACGCAAAUCGCUGCAGAGCGCAGUGCUCAACCCACCGUUCGACAGGAAGACGAUCAAGAGCGGCAGACUCGUCGCGGAGAGGUCCAGUACGAGGUGGAUCGCGCCCUGUCCUGACAUUCGACCCUCAUGA